UUGGGGAUGGUGACAGUUUAGUCACGAUUCGUACUGGUGUUCGAUGAGUCAUGCGUCGCGGCUUCGUGAACAAUCUUUUACUUGUUUAAUCUGCACUUAGUCUCAGCGACACACUCCCUCUUAUGAGUGACUUACCAUAGAAACGAUUAAUUAAUAAUUGUUGUUGAAAGGCAAAUCGAAAAAAGAUGAAAGACAUGUUUGUGCGUUGUAGAGCGUUGUGGAGAUCUUCGUUUGUUAGAAACGGACUCAGAUCGUGUUCACUAAAGGCUUUGUGCACGAGAGUUGUGCACGAUGCCGACACCAUUUUCGCAUUGUCAUCGGGACAUGGGAAGUGUGGAGUGGCGGUGGUGCGGGUCAGCGGCCCGGCCUCGGGUUUUGCCCUCCAGAGCAUAGCUGGCUUCAGACACACCCUGCCUGCUGCCCGUACCGCUCUUCUUCGCAACAUCACCGACCCCCAUUCCCAGGAGCUGCUUGACAGGGCGCUCGUCCUCUGGUUUCCAGGGCCUCGCAGUUUCACCGGGGAAGACUGCGCCGAGUUCCACAUACAUGGAGGCCCUGCGGUCAUCAGUGGAGUUUUGAAAGCCCUGGGCAGCCUACCAGGCGUACGAGCAGCAACGGCCGGAGAGUUCACGAGACGUGCAUUUCUCGCGGGCAAGCUCGAUCUGACUGAGGUGGAGGGCCUGGGGGACCUGAUUCACGCGGAGACUGAAGCUCAGAGAAGACAGGCUCUCCGACAGAUGGCUGGAGACCUAGCACGACUUUACCAGGAUUGGAGCCAGCAUUUGACGAGGUGUUUGGCUCAUGUGGAAGCCUUCAUUGACUUUGGUGAGGAUGAACUGAUUGAGAAUGAGGUCCUCAAUCAAGUGGACCACGGUGUGUCCCAGCUCCAGCUCCAAAUGGAGAGGCACCUGCAGGACGAGCGGCGUGGGGAACGACUCCGCAACGGAGUCCAGGUGGUAAUUGCAGGAGCUCCCAAUGCAGGAAAAAGCAGCCUCCUUAACCUGCUCUGCCGCCGUCCCGCAGCCAUUGUGUCUCCGGUCCCAGGGACAACCAGGGAUGUAGUAGAGACACACUUGGACAUUGGGGGAUUUCCUGUGGUGCUAAGUGAUACAGCUGGACUCAGAGAUACUGUGGACGGUGUGGAGAGAGAGGGUGUUCGUAGAGCCAGGGAAAGGGUGGACCUGUCUGAUGUUACCCUUGUGAUGUUGGAUUUGACGCAGCUUCCUAAAGACCACCAAAGUGUGCCCAGCUUCCUCAUGGACCACCUCAGAUCCACGCUUCUCAGUGGGGAGGACCUUAGGGAUUCCUUACAAAAGUUCCUUUUGGUUUUCAACAAGAGAGACCUUCUUCCUCAAGAGCAGCUGGAUAACAUACAGAAAACUAUCAUUCACAUGGAGGGUUUGCCCCCAGCCUGCUUACUCUCAUGCCAGUCUGGAGAUGGGUUUGACCAGUUUCUCAGAGUCCUGCAAAACAGAUUACAAACUUUGUGUGGAGACCCCCUGGUUGGUUCCCCAAGUCUGACCCAAGCUCGGCACCGUUCUCAUCUGCAGCAGAGUCUGAGGGCUCUGGCCCAGUACCAUCAAUACCGUGAUCUGGAUCUGGCACUUUCUGCAGAAGGGCUCCGAUUGGCUCUUGCUAGUCUAGGCCGAAUCACUGGCAAAGUGGGCCCUGAGGAAAUUCUGGACAUUAUCUUCAGAGAUUUCUGCAUAGGAAAAUAGCCAAUGGGCCAAGACUUAUACCUGAUGAAUGCACAAAAUAUAAUUUAACAAUUUUGAUAUUUCACUUAUUUCAUCGUUGUGGUACAGCGAUGAUCUUGUAGAAAUAUGCUAAAGUCAGAACUACACCAAAGUGUUACACUUCUCAUACAUGCAUAUAUCCACAUGUAAAGAGAAAGGACUUUUCUAGAAAAAAUCCUUGGUUUUCUUUGUGUCCCUGCCUGUCUUCUUUAAAAUAGAUAUUUGUGCUUCCUAUGUGAUCUUUGCAUAUCUGCUUCCAGGUUUCUUCUCAUUGCACCCAGUGUUGGCAUGCAGCUGUCUGAGAACCACUUCACAGGGCUGCUCAGUAUGUGCCUUCCUCCUAUUUGGUGCUUAGGUCUAAUGCCACCCUUUCUUCAUCUCCUGUGUGGAAGAAAUUCAACACAACUCAAAGGACCUAAGAUAGAAGAGAGGGAAAGCAUCUUACUUUAUUUCACCCAACCUAGAAGGAGAGUCCCUGUCCCCUGUGUUGGAGUCUUGGCGGUCUCCCCAAGCAUCCAAUACACACAUGUUGGCUUUCUUUCUUGUGGUCAAUGCGUAUUCAGCUUAUGUAUGCUUCUGAUUUGUUCCUUAUCUACAUUUCCUAUAGGCUGAAGUAAGUUAUGCACAUCAUAUAGCAAGCACCCUACACCCCUUCAGUUUUAUCUCAAUCUGCCAACAUUAUUUAUUUUCUUGUUUUUCAGUUCCACCCAGCAUCAGUUACCCAUUACAGUUGGGGGUGCAGUUUUGGUAUAUCCUGUUUCUCGCAAAAUCACUUUCUGCAGCAGUUACAGAACACAUCAGCUGUGUUAAUGCAUACCAUCAUUUUUACUCCAUUUUCUUAUUUUCCUCUCACACCUGUUUUGAUAAAAUAGGAAGGUUGCUCUACACUAGGUGUCUUUGUCAUACCUGUCAUGAACAGAGGUUUGAUCACCUGUUGAAUCCCUCAGAACCCUUGUAGAGAUUUAAAGGUGCACUAGUUGUCUAAGAGUAGUUGGUUGUUUUCCUUUUGAAUGUGCUUUAGGUAGUGUGUUUAAUGAAGGUGUGUCAUACUAUGAAAAUCAACUGAGAAUUGGAUCUUAUGGAAACUGCAGUCAUCUCAAACAAACUAAUCCCUGUUGAUUUAACAUAAAUUUUAUUGUAACUUCUUUGUAACAAAAAAGGUGCACAAUCAACCAUCUUUGUCUCUCCCACUCACUUUACUGGGGUCAGCCUGGAGUCCUGAUUGCUCAUAGUGGAAAAACACUUGGCAUUAAACACAGGAUAUCCUUAGAGGAGGUGCCUUAAGCAGGUCCUGCUGCUAAUGGACAGCUGCCCUGUUUUCUCUGUUUCAUUUCUCUUCUUUCUAGCCUGUUUCCUCAUGUUUUCCUCCUAGCAGGAUGAAUAUAUAAUAAAACUGGCAGUCAAAACAGUGGUCACCACUCCAGCAAGGAGCUGAGAUGUUUGUUUCAUUGUCUCCAGACAAACGAUACCAGCGGCAGUGUCUUGGUGCAGAUCUUAUUUGGCAAUGAUUAAAUGAGGAGGUGAUUAGUUGAUCAAUCACCGGGAUGUUGGAAGCACAACCACUGUUGUAUUGUUUUGCUUUUAUUUGAAGUGACAUUUGAGUAUUGUAUGUAAUUAUAUACAUUUUUGUACAGACAAGAUUUUUUUACCCAAGACAAUUAGUAUAAUACAAUGUGUAUUGAUAGACACUGAAAAGAGA